GCAGCUGCCACGCAGUUCCUUUUGCCCCGUUGCUCUCUGUCUUGUUUGUUUUCUUUCCACCAACCCUCCUUGCACCUCCAGUCGCCGUCGACUCCAACACGGUCAGAAUAUUCAAGAUGUUCCUGGGCAGCCGCAUCCAGACCCGCGCCUUCUCGGCGUCGGCCCGAAACCUCUCCAAGGUCGCCGUUCUCGGUGCCGCCGGUGGCAUUGGCCAGCCGCUCUCCCUCCUCCUCAAGCUCAACCCCAGAGUCACCGAGCUCGCCCUCUACGAUAUCCGCGGCGCGCCUGGCGUUGCUGCCGAUGUCUCGCACGUCAACACCAAGUCGACCGUCAAGGGCUACGCGCCGGGUGCCGCCAACCUGGCCGCCGCUCUCAAGGGUGCCGAGGUGGUCCUUAUCCCCGCCGGUGUCCCCCGCAAGCCGGGCAUGAGCCGUGACGACCUGUUUAACACCAACGCCUCCAUCGUGCGUGACCUGGCCAAGGCGUGCGCCGAGUCGGCCCCCAACGCCAACAUCCUGGUCAUCAGCAACCCCGUCAACUCGACCGUGCCCAUCUGCGCCGAGGUCUUCAAGGCCAAGGGCGUCUACAACCCCCGGCGCCUGUUCGGCGUCACCACCCUCGACGUCGUCCGCGCCUCCCGCUUCGUGAGCGAGAUCAAGAACACCGACCCGGCCAACGAGAACAUCACCGUCGUCGGCGGCCACAGCGGCGUCACCAUCGUCCCGCUCUUCAGCCAGAGCAACCACCCCGAGCUCUCGUCCAACGCCGAGCUCGUUCACCGCGUCCAGUUCGGCGGUGAUGAGGUCGUCCACGCGAAGGAGGGCGCCGGCUCCGCCACCCUCUCCAUGGCCAUGGCCGGCGCCCGCAUGGCCGAGUCGCUCCUCCGCGCCGCCCAGGGCGAGAAGGGCGUGAUCGAGCCCACCUUUGUCGACAGCCCGCUCUACAAGGACCAGGGCAUCGACUUCUUCAGCUCCAACGUCGAGCUCGGCCCCAACGGUGUCGAGAGGGUCCUGCCCGUCGGCAAGGUCGACGCCAACGAGGAGAAGCUGCUCGAGGCCUGCUUCGCCGACCUCAAGAAGAACAUCGAGAAGGGCAAGAAGUUCGUUGCCGAGAACCCGGGCAACUAAAAAAAAAAAAAAAAGGCCUUUCAGCUAGACAAAUAAUUGACCCUUGCGGAUGACCGGGGCUUGGAGGGAGACCACCACGUCUUAUGCCUGUGUCCCUGUGUUCCUGUUCGCGUACAAUGAAGCACAAAGCGAUGCUCUCUGAUACAUGUAUACUAGCAAUACAAUUUUUGGUAUUGAGUCCGGCAGGGCGGC